CUGUCAACUUGCUCCGCGACCGUCCGUCAUCGCGCUGCGAAAUGUGAAAAAAUAAAUUGCGUGUGUUUUGGAUUCGCGUACAGUCGGUUAGUUUUUCGGAUUUUACCCGUUGAAAAGUGCUCCCGUAUCCGCCGAAAAUCGCUGCAAACUGCGCCACGAUGGCCCUGGAACCGUUUGCAUGUUUUAUGGAUGUGGAAAAUUCCCGUUCGUACAUCGACGAGCUCUACUCAGAGGACACCUACAAGUGCCAGGAGGCGAUCGUGUGCCUGAAGAAUGCCGUCAUCGGGUCGAACAAGAAGAAAGGUUCCGUAAUAUCGCAGGGCAUCGUUCCACGCUUGAUCGCCCUGCUGCGGGACGAUACGAAAGAUCCGAACUUGCGCUUGGAUGCGGCCAUCGUAAUCGGAUCACUUGCCAAAGGAACUGAAUCUCAAGUGCACUCGUUGAUUUACUACGAGACGGUGCAGGUGCUGCUGAGCAUUGUGCUGAAUUCCGGGACGGAUCGACGGCUAAUGGAGACCUGUCUGGGUGCGUUGAAAACCAUUCUACAGUAUCCGUUUGCACCGAUCGAACUGCUGCACUGCAACAUUGGCAAUCUGGUGCGGUUGAUCCAGCUCGCUUCGCCGGAUAGUUCGAUCCAGUGUCAGGUGUACGUGGCAAAUAUCUUCGUCCCGCUCUGCCACUCAUCCCAUCAGCAGAAGAAUCUCUGUCAAGCAAACGUAAUUCCGUUCCUUGCUCGGCUGAUGAUCAGUCAGCUUACGAUCCUACAAGUACCUGCCCUCAAGUGUCUCGCGGCUAUGUGUUUCACGAACAAGUACGUUUCGGACAUUGUGUGUAUGACCUGUCACGAAGAACGAUCGAUUCUGGAUAUUCUGACUGGUCUCCUGUCGCGAACUCGGGACGUUCAGAUUCAGCUCUCGGCUAGCCGCUGUCUAACGUAUCUGCAUCGAUCCGGAUCACUACGGGCGGAUGACUACAGGAUCGUCUACAAAACCUUGCCCAGCCUGGCCAGGCUUUGCUCGGAGGACUUUGACGAAGAAACCCGCGCAACGGCCGCCGAAACCUUAGCCUAUCUGGCGGAAAUCGAUUCCGAACUGCAACGGCUAGCGGCUAUCAGUCACCACCUGAUCUGUUCGUUGGCCAAUCUGAUCCGAUGUCCGUCUCCGUUGUCCCGGCAGGGAGCAUUCCGAUGUUUCGCUUCCCUGGCGGCCAACGACGAAGACAUCCGCAAACGGAUCAUAGAAAUGGAUGGACUCAUGGAGGAAGUGCUCAAUGGACUGAAGGACACAUGUCCGGAGGUUCGCUUGUCUGCCGUCCGAUGUCUGCAUUCGCUGUCGAGGUCAGUGCAAUUGCUACGAACAACGUUCCAGGAUCACUCCGUGUGGCGUCCGUUGAUGGAUUUGCUCGUAGGAGAACCAUCGCUGGAACUCCUCACCGUGGUAACGUCGACGAUAUGCAACCUGCUGUUGGAAUUUUCUCCCGCCAAAGAACCCAUGCUCGACUCCGGAGCGGUGGAAAUGCUGUGCGAGCUGACGAAGCACAGCGAUCCGGCCCUGCGGCUCAACGGCAGCUGGGCACUGAUGAACAUGGCCUUUCAGGCUGAACAAAAAGUCAAAUCAAAAAUCAUCGACACGCUCGGAACGGAUCGGAUAUUCCAACUGCUGAGCGACGCGGACGAGCGGGUUAUCAUGAAAACCCUAGGCCUUUUGCGGAACCUGCUCAGCAAUACGUUGCACAUUGAGAACAUAAUGUCGGAACAUUCGUCGGAGGUGCUACGAGCGGUAAACCUGGUGCUCGACGGUCCCCAUCCGCCCGAAGUGAAGGAGCAAGCUCUAAUCAUCAUCAGCAAUAUUACGGCCGGGGCACGUGACAAGGACUACGUGAUGGAAGACGAGAACAUAAUCAAAAAGAUACGAGAAUUUUUGGUUGUGUCCGACAACAAGCUCCAGAUGGGGGCCGUGUUUGUGGUGAGAAACCUGAUGGAGAAAGGUGGCCGACAGAAGAUGCUGCGCGAGUCGGGCAUCCUGGAGAACCUCGAGCAGCUGCUGCACAUGACGCCGCGGGAUUCGCAGUUCUACGAAGAAUUGCUACAUCACACAGCAUACGGCAGGAGAUUUUAAGGUUCGACUUCGCGGACGAUCACUGAAAGAUCACAGCCCUCCUGAUCACUAUGGAGCCCUGAUGGAGCAACCUGCAAACGCAGCCUGUAUUGGAAAAAGGCACGUGAUCAUUUCAGUGGGAGAGAUCCCUACUCCCCAGUGUUUUAUAAUUGUUGACCACUUGUUGCAAAUUGUUUUUCAUGCUUGUUGUGGCUGUGUUUGUUGGUUUGGUCGUGUGUGUUUGUAUGUGUGCGCUUAUUGGUGGAUGUGGAUGUGUGUCGUGACAGAUGCGAAAGAUAUCAUAUCAUUUUGACCUUUGUACUGAAGUUAUAACAAAAGUUUGCAUUGCAUUAUUUGUAAGACGAUUGUUUAGUUUUUUUUUUCAAUUUUCGCUUGCUCAUUCUACCUCUUUGACAACCACGCGGUUAUCGCUAAAACUAUGAAUCGUACUAUAUUGGACAAUACAUUUGCAUUUUUUUCGAUUAUCCGUACAAAAUGGCCAACUUGAGAGGAUUAGAUCUUAGUUAUUUAUGGUUGUCGAUAAGUAACUGAGAGUACACCAAAGUUGAUCAUUUUGUAUGGAAACAAAAUUGCAAAUGUAUUGUCCAAUGCAGAAAUGGCACCAUUGCGUGUCUGCAAGGAAACAGUUCACAGUAACGUUGGCAUAAUAGGAAAUUUUGGAAGAAAUAACUAAUGAUGGGGAGUGCGAGUUCCUAUUUGAGGACAAUGGCUUGAAGCCAAACGAGAUACAUGUAGUGAGAUGUGUAUGUGUGAGUAUUUCCUUUGCAUAGCAAGCGACUACCCAAUAGGACUGCAAAAUUUUGUUAAGUUUAUUCUAAUUUUAUUAAUUUAUUCAAUAAACUGAUCGCGUUUCGGCAGGAUUGGGAACUUUAUGGGCUCGAAAAAUACGAAAUCAGAAGACUUGUGUUUUGUUUUGUAGCUUCUAAGUUUGUGCUUACAAAAUUUCGAUUUUUGUGCAUAAAUAAUCUACUGAUUUCGUAUAGCUAUCGUACGAUUGUAAUAAUCUAUGGGUUGCCCUCGGCCAAUGUGAUUGCGAAUGUGUAAAGAGGAAGUGUAUAAUAUAAGAGCAACGCAGAGAUUAUGAUUGUAAAUAUUUCACUAAACUAUGGCCCAGAAACUGUCUCUGAGAAAAUAAAUCCAUUCGUUCAAUCGAGACAAGGAGCACAGGGAUAACAAAAUUCCAACAUUAGGGAAACGAUUAAGAACUGAAUAGAGCAUCUUAAGUAAUGGGAAUGAAAGAGAGAGAAAAUGGACAGGAUCUUCCAGUGCAAUGGAAAUAAAACUAUGUACUAGGCACUACAAGUGUGUAGCGUCGGAACGCAUUUAUACAUACAGUUUAGCUACCAAUCAACCCAUCAACAAAUGUAAAAAAAAGAAAUCACCUCGAAAAAAUGGGUGCAAUUUUUGUUUGUUUCGCGCAUGCCGACGAUGCCAAAAUCGCCCGAUGACGAUGUGGGAAAGCCAAAAACAGCAUUGAUGAAAAUGAUGAUGUGCUUUAGGUUAAUGCGCGACUAGGAAUCGACGGGGUAAACUUUCAGAUAAAAUUGCAAACUGUUGUAAAGAAAAAAAAAAUAGAUCUUAUAAAAUUUAAA